UUUUGUCUAUCAACAAACGAAGUCGAAAUGUUAUCAAAAUAGGCCUUAACUCAAAUGUUUGAUAAAGAAAUCCACGUCACAUCCCCAAACUGGGAUUCAUGAACAGCUUCUGAAGCUUUUAUGUACAGAAAUGAGAACUUAUUGAUGGAAACACGGAUAAUAUUGGUUCUUACUGUUUCCUCGGCGGUCCGCACACCACACAACUUCAGUCUUCCCCAACAAAACAAAGAAUUACCCCAUGGGACAGAAUGUACUCGUUUGACAUCAUACACAUGUACAGGAAAUGUUGAAAAUUCAACAGGAGCUAUCUAAAAAUGAGUGAUACAAUCUUAGUGAGAAAUCAUGCUGAUAAUGUAAGGAAGAGCAAAUCAAUAAAGUGAAUCUAGGCAGAAGCUACACAAUAUCUAAACAUUGGACUUGGCAUUGUGCCAUCUGUUGAAAAAUAUUUUCAGCCAAAAAAAAAAAGCUAUCAAACGUUAAGUGAGCAAUUCUCACAAACCCAAUAUAGCUACAUGUCUUUAUUACAUAAAAUCAUUAUGAUUGUUAAUCCAAAAUUUGUUUACCUCCAAAAGGUAUUUUUGAGCAUUCUCAAAAAGAAGACUGGGCAAAGUCAAGACGGCUUUGUGUAUGCCCAUCAAGAGAGAGGGAAACCAAUGAAGUUACUUAGAGUUAGUCAGCCACAAAUAGGUAGCUCAAGUGCAUCUGCCAGUACAUUGAAAAAGAGAAGCCAGGUCAUCGAAAAACUUGCAGAAAAUUUGUCAUCACCAAGUACAUGUACAAGUACAGCAGAAAAUGAUGUAAUUCACCAGACAGCCAUUUCUAUUCGCCGAAAACAACAACAGUUCAUCAAUUCAUUUAAGGAAGGUGGAGUAAACAUCAUACAGUCAUUCACUUUGAACCAGGUUGCAGAACUUAAGACUCACAUGCCCAUGGAAAUGUUGAAAAUGAUUAAAAGAACCUUCAAAGAAGCACUUGGAUAUGACAUAUUUGGUUCAGAGAGGAAAAUUCGCAGCCACUUGAAGUCCAUGGAAUUUCAAUAUGAAUGUGGAAGUUUUGAAAGUUCUUCUGGGAAGAAAGUGUCCUUUGUUCGAGUGACAAACAUCUCUGAUGUAAUUACCAAAACUGUGGCUCAACUGAAUGAAAGUGGUCUCCUUAUGAAGAAAAGCAACAUUCCUGAAAAUGUUUUAUGGGCACUUCUCUCCGGUGACAAGGGAGGAAAAUCCACCAAAUUGUUAUUGCAACUUCUCAACUGCAGGGAGCAACACUCGGUUCAUACUGCUCGCCUUUUAGCAAUUUUUGAAGGGGACAAAGACAAUUACGAGUGCAUAAAAGAGGUUUUUGGUCCAAUCAUUGAGGCGACACAAAAAGUCUUGGCUAAUGUAUCAGAACUGAACUUAAAGGUGGAUCUACCAAAAUGUGCAAGUACCUGUACCAAAGCAAAUGAGAAACAAGUUUUUGAAAUCAAAGGGAUGCAAAAUUGGCCAAUGGAGCUCCAGCAACUUAUCCAAAAUCCCCAGAGUGACCAUUGUAGUGAACACUGUUUCUAUUGCAAAAAAAUAACUGGUUCAACGUGUGAAACAUCCACUUUGCAGAGUUCUGAUGGUACAAGAAUGGAGUGCUGUAUUACUAAAUGCUGGCUGAGUUUGGGAGGAGACUGGGAAUUUAUUGCAAGGCUUUUAGGUCUAACAGGUCCAAAUGGCACGUACUUCUGCAACUACUGUCAUGCCACAAUUAAAGAUCUCGAGAAGGGCAAGCCACACACACCCUGGAUUUUGAAUAGUACCUCCAAUGGCAAUCGCAUAAAACAGUUUUCUCCUCGCAGCUUUGAAUCAAUGUCAUCCGAUAACGAAGAUUUUGUAAAUGGUGGUUCAGUCAAAGCUAAAGCAAACCGAUGUCAUAACUGUGAGUCCAAACCAAUCUUCCAAGCAUCUGGACCUGUCAUUGAGUCUGUGUCAUGCAUGCCCCUCCAUCUAUCUCUUGGUCUUGGAAAGCAGGCAUUAGAAAUUGUUGAAAAUGAAGCUCUUGUUUUAGACAAGACCAUUAAAGAGGCAGAUGGAGAGGCAUGCCCAGAACUGGCAGAAGCAUUCCAAAGAAGAGAAACCUUGAACCUUGAGUGCCUUCAACAGCAUCAGCAGUUGGAAGAAAUUAAUGAAGCUAUUAGUAAUGCAGAAGAUGUUCUUCAGUCAUUCUUAAAUGAAACAGCAGCAUUCCAUCAAAAGGAAGGCAGAAGGUACUAAGGUCACU